AUGCCUGCAGCUGCAACUCAACCCGCCCCCAAGGGAUCCAAGAAGAAGACCACUGGUGCUGCCAAGCGUCCUGAGUCGCCUGCUCCCAGCAUUGCCGCUGCCGAUUUGUUGGACGAGGAUUUCGAGAGUGCUGACAUCAGGGAGCUGCAAAAGAGCAUUCGUAAUCUCAACAAGAAAAUUACCAAUGCCUCAAAGACCGAUUCCAUUUUGAGCCACGAAGAUAACGCUGGCAAAACUCUUGAGCAAUUGGUCAUCUCAAAGGUCAUCAACCCAGAUCAAAGGGCACAGAUCGAGAAGAAACCUGAGCUCCAGGCCCAGCUUGCUCGGGCCGAGGAGCAGCUCGCACAGCUUCGAAAGGUCCAUGAACAAUACCGUUCACGAGCCGCAAACGAAAAGGCUGAGUGGGAGAAGACGUUGGAGAAGGCCAAGGCAGACGCUGUCAGCGAAGCUGAGGCGAGCUUCCAAAAGUCCUUGAAGGAUAAACUUCUUCUCUUAUCGCAGUUUUUGCGCCUUGCUGCCUACCGCCGUGAGGAAGCUGCCGAUGCCGAGUCGGACGAAAGCCAAGCUAUCGAGGGUGUCCUCUUGGCAAUCUACGCCGGAGACGACUCUGCCGUUGCAUCAAUGUUGAAGCUGGUGGAGGGUACUGAAGACAAGAUUCUCAGCGUGCCAGGAGAGCAAUUGCAGACUACUUAUUCUGUUGUCAAGACACUUGCUCAGGAAUACAAGGCCCCCGUCUACAGUGAGGUGCCAGCCGAAGGAGAGACUGAUGGGGUGGUCACUGACCCUACCGUGGCAAACGUCGCCGCCACUGAGAUCGCAGGUACUGAUGUCUCUGCUUCUCCUGGGGAGAAGAAGGUUGAGGCGAGCAAUGGUCACCCUAAUGCCAAUGUGUCCGACAAUGCCGCCAACGCCGUGGCUGAGAGUCACUGGUCCACCGAGGCCGGUCUCUCUACCUCGCAGGAGUGGGCAGAUGUGAAAACCUCACGAGACCUUAUCGAGACUGAUACUGGCCUGACUGCCACGCCAGCCGUGUCUGGAAAUACGCAGUCUUGGGCGGACGAGCAGCCCGAGCCUACUAAGCCUUCUGAUGGUAAUGAUGGAUUCCAUCAGGUCCAGCGUAACAAGGGUCGUCAGGAGCGUGAAGGAAAUGGCAAUUUGCGCGGUCGAGGUGGUCACCGUGGUGAGCACCGCGGCCGUGGCGGUCACCGCGGCGAAGGGCGCGGACGUGGUCGAGGUCGUGGUGGGAUGUCCUCUCGCCCCCGACGAAACGAAGAGUCCUAG